AGAUCAUGAAGGGGGACAAGCGUGAGGAGCAGGGUCAGGGCUCCGAGCCCGUGGCGCCACCACAGCCCACGGAGGAGGAGGAAGCUCUGAUCGAGUUCCACCGCUCCUACCGGGAGCUCUUCCAGUUCUUCUGCAACAACACCACCAUCCACGGCGCCAUCCGCCUGGUGUGCUCCAAGCACAACCGCAUGAAGACGGCCUUCUGGGCGGUGCUGUGGCUCUGCACCUUCGGCAUGAUGUACUGGCAGUUUGCCUUGCUCUUCGGCGAGUACUUCAGCUACCCCGUCAGCCUCAACAUCAAUGUCCACUCGGACAAGCUCGUCUUCCCCGCCGUCACUGUGUGCACCCUCAAUCCCUACAGGUAUCCCCAGAUUACAGAGCAGCUGCAGGAGCUGGACCAUAUCACGGAGCAGACGCUUUAUGACCUGUUCAAAUACAACUCCAGCACCCCAGCCGCCCAGCCCCGAGCCCGGCGCGACCUCCGGCGGAGGCUGCCGCACCCCUUGGUGUGGAUCCCGCCCCCGCGCCACGAGGCCCGCCGGGUGCGCAGCGUCUCCUCCAGCGUGCGGGACAACAGCCCCCAAGUGGACAGAAAGGACUGGAUGAUCGGCUUCCAGCUGUGCAAUCAGAACCAAUCGGACUGCUUCUAUCAGCGUUACUCAUCUGGUGUGGACGCGGUGCGGGAGUGGUACCGUUUUCACUACAUCAACAUUUUGUCCAGACUGUCGGACACCUCUCUGUCUGAUGAGGCGCUGGGUAACUUCAUCUUCACCUGCCGCUUCAACCAGGCCUCCUGCGGCCACAGGAAUUACUCUCACUUCCACCACCCAAUGUAUGGCAACUGCUACACUUUCAACGACAAGAACAACUCCGGCCUCUGGAUGUCUUCCAUGCCUGGGGUCAACAAUGGUCUGUCGCUCACACUGCGCACGGAGCAGAACGAUUUUAUCCCCUUGCUGUCUACGGUGACUGGGGCCAGAGUGAUGGUGCAUGGGCAGGACGAGCCUGCCUUUAUGGACGAUGGCGGCUUUAACUUGAGGCCUGGAGUGGAGACCUCCAUCAGCAUGAAGAAGGAAUCCCUGGACAGGCUUGGGGGCGACUACGGCGACUGCACCGAGAAUGGCAGUGACGUCCCAGUCAAGAACCUCUAUCAUUCCAAGUACACACAGCAGGUGUGCAUUCACUCCUGCUUCCAGGAGAACAUGGUCAAGGAAUGUGGCUGCGCCUACAUCUUCUACCCGCAGCCCCAAGGCGUUGAGUACUGCGACUAUAGGAAGCACAGCUCCUGGGGCUACUGUUACUACAAGCUCCAGGAUGCCUUCGCCUCAGACCGCCUGGGCUGCUUCACCAAGUGCAGGAAGCCGUGCAGUGUGACCAACUACCAACUCUCUGCGGGUUAUUCACGCUGGCCGUCGGUGGCUUCCCAGGACUGGAUCUUCCAGAUGUUGUCCCUGCAGAACAACUACACCAUCAGUAACAAGAGGAACGGGGUUGCCAAACUCAACAUCUUCUUUAAGGAGUUGAACUACAAAGCCAAUUCUGAGUCUCCCUCUGUCACGAUGGUCACUCUCUUGUCCAACCUGGGAAGUCAGUGGAGCCUGUGGUUCGGUUCUUCCGUCCUGUCUGUGGUGGAGAUGGCUGAACUCAUCUUUGAUCUCUCUGUCAUCACAUUCCUCAUGCUGCUCCGGAGGUUCCGCAGCCGCUACUGGGCUCCAGGCCGGGGAGCCCGGGGGGCACAAGAGGUGGCCUCCACGCCAGCCUCCUCCCUCCCCUCCCGCUUCUGCCCCCACCCCACGUCCCCGACCCUGCCCCCGGUAGCCUUGACUGCCCCUCCCCCUGCCUAUGCCACUCUUCACCCACGCCUGUCUCCUUCUGGCUCUGUAGGGGCCAGCGCUCCCCCCUGUGCCCUGAAGCAGCCCUGAGAGGGGACAGUGUCGUGUCCCUCCCCCGUCCCCCACGCAGCUGCUGCCCCUGGGGCCUUGAUGGAAAUGGGGCUUCCCCUCAGAGCUGCCCACUGCCCUUAGUAGGUGGGCAUGGGGGCCCUGGACGUUGUCCAGAGCAGCAGUGGGGAGUGAGGCUGCCCGGAAUUGGCCUUGGCUUCUGCUCAGUGCUCCUCAGAGCACUCUGGCAUCCCCGCCUGAGAGCGAGCUGAGCUGGGUUUGGAAUGUGGACAAGGAAUUUUUCUAGGAAACGGCCAACAGCCAAACACAAACAAAGGCACACGAAGGCAUGUACCGGUCUUGUACCCAAUGGUGACUGCUGGCCAGAGCUGGCCCCAGAGCGGCCUGGCAGGACGCGGGUGUCUGCUCCUCUUCUUGAACUUGAGUGGGAAACCCCACCCAAAAGCCCCCUUUAAUUUGUUCUUGGGCAAGUCCCCUUCCCUGGCUCGCAAGGGUGAGGGCUGGAAGUAGGGCGGUGUACUGAAGGCUGAGCCACUCCCAGUCGGUGCCAGGACUGUUCCAGCCACAUGCCUCUUGUCCUUGCUGAGCUGUUCGCAUCCCAGUGCCUCCGUCCUCUGCUCUUUGGGUGCCUGUAAGUCCGCUCAGGCUGAGUUGCCUGGAAAACUCCUAUAUGUCCCUCAGAACCCUGCUUGGACACUGGGACUUCUGGGGAAGCUUGUACCCAAGUGCUGACCACUGCCUCCCCUUGGGACUGUCAUCGCCUGCGUCUGUUUUGAGUGUCUUUGUUGCAUUAUUCUUCCUUGUUCACUUGUGUGGGCUUCCCUGGUUAAAUUGCAGACUUCUUGUGGCCAGGAACUGAAUCUUGCCCAUGAACCUGUGCCUUAGGUCCAGCCCAGUGUCCUGUUUGCAGCCAAUAGGCAGGUGCACAAUAAACACGUGUGUGAGUGU